ACACUCAAGAAACUCAUCUCUGACAAGCGAUCACAACUCUGCUUUCUUGUGAAAAGAUGUCUGUUGCAAGGUGAUACUUGCAAACUCUCACACGAAAGCAUUUACUCUGUUGAAUGCUGCAGAUUGAUUACAGAUCACAGCAAAAGCAAGUGAAGGUCCACCGCUGAGCAAGCCUCAAUCCGAUCACACUCAAUGGCCAGAUCAGUGGCUCAAUAUAAUGCAGACAGCAGGGUCAAACCUCUAUGGAGUCAUGUAAGAAUGCAUAAGCCUUCUGUUCAAACAUGUGAUGGAUCUGUAACAACACACAUCUGUAUGAGGUGUUUGAGAAAAGGACAGUUGAUGGAGACAAAGUACAUCAAAAAUGAACUUUUGCUAAAUCAUUUCCUGUCAGACAUUAAAUAACCUUGUCCUUUUCUCCUUGUGGCUAUUCGCUUGUAACCAUUUUCAGCGCUCUGUCUGUCCCUUUGAGCAGCCGAAUAACCAGAACAUCACUCCGCCUCUUUGCACUGAGACGCUCUCACUGGAGCACAGUUCAUUUACAACCAUUGCAGUGGUGCAGUACGCACAAUGAUGAACUUUACCUCGAUGAUGGCUUUACUCUCUACCUUCAGCUGGAUCUCUGUCUCAGUUUCUGAGUUUCACACUGUGGAGCUUCAGCCUGGCGAAGAAGCCACACUGAUGUGCUCCAAUUUUAGCAGUAUGGUCUCCCACAUAUUUUGGUUCAAACUUGACAACAGACCAAACAUCAGCUGCAUCUCCUCAAUGUUCAGCUCUGAUGACAAUGUUUCUCUCUAUGAUGGAUCUCAAAAUGGAAACUUCAAUAUGACAUCCAACAUCACAACCAUCUUUCUCACAAUCAAACAAGUGGAUUUCUCAGACUCUGGACUGUAUUUUUGUGGAUUUAACUCAGACAACAAUCCAGUUAUUGUCAGUGCAACACAUUUAAAGGUUCAAGUUGAAGAGCUUGAUGGAACAACAGAGCCAACAUAUGUGAUCCUGGGUGCUCUGAUUGCUGUCCUUGUUAUGGUCAUCAUGGGUCUGAUUGUCAAAAUCUCAAGACUUCAGACAGCUCAUGAGCACAGACAGAAUUCACAACAGAGUGAGAAUCUGGCCUCUGAUGCCUUGACCUACGCAACGGUGAAUUUCCACAGUAAAGCAAAAAGAAGACCUGCAUCAGAGAACCCACCUGAGACAAAUGUUGUGUAUGCUGCCACCAGAUGACUUAGGAAACAUCUGGAACAGUAGAGUGGAGCUUGUGGAAAUAAAGUCUUAACAUUUAUUCAUGCCAAGUGUCUAACUAUAUCUUGCUGAGGAAGCCCAAAGCUUUGCUCAUCUUGCAUUCAUGUCCUGAAAAAUAUUGGCUGAGUUUUACCUAAAGGAAAAAUAUAAAGGAAGAAAUUGUGAGAAAAUUAAACAAGACAGUAUAAAAGACUUGACUCCUCUCUGUUUGGAAUUACAAUUUAUACAAUUAUACUUCAAUCAGCAUUGAUUUUGUCCAAUUAAUUACAUGAAGUCCUGAGUGCUUACAAAUGAUUUUCAUGACAAACUGUUGUUAUACCACUGUUUGGGUUUUGAAAGUCUCUUUUUUCCUUAUUUUUCGUACUUGGGAGCAAAAGAAUAUGACUGAUGCUUAAGGAAGUAGGAGCCAGAAAGGACGCUGAUGACUUUUAAGUAUUUCUGAUGCUCAUGAUGAGAGUGAGAUGGAGGUUUGCAGCAGUGAAAGAGUGAUUGAGUGAUUGUUUGACAGGAAGAGACAGCACAGUGUGGUCUGAACAAAACUGAAGUUAAAAACCACUGGGCCUCUUAACUCCAAGUUUUGUGAGAGUCAACUAUCUGUAAUCUGUUGAGAGGCCAAAACAAGAAAUGUUUAAAUGAAAUGUUUAAAAUAAUGCAUGUCACCACACCCUUCAGCACAGGUCACACUUAACACCUCAGACUCCACCACCAGUUUACCUACACAUGGUGCAUUGGUGACUUUCUAACUGAAGCACAGUGAGCAGUUGCUCAGCCUCACAUGAAACCAUUUUCUCAGCUUCAGGCUGCACAUUUUUAAGCCAUGACACAUCACAGUACAGCUACAGCGGUCGCACAGUCCAGCGUUCUCUAUUGUAACAUGUAUUCUGUCUUUUUGAUGGAUCAUAAUGAAAGACACACAGUUAAAAUAAAGACCUUAUUGAAGAACAGCUUUAUUUUCCCUCGAUUUCCCAUCCAUGAAUCUGCCUCCUGAACCUGGGUUCUGAUAGCUGUGCUGUUCUGCCAUGCUGACAGUUGUUUGAUGCCUUGGAAGCUGCAAAACUCCAGAGGAUAACGUUGAAAAUUACAAUUUUUAAAUAUGCUGCCUACAGAGACGCAAGUGGAGCUUCUACACUGAGUGGAAGUGAUCAUCUGUAUUUAUGUUUGCACAAAGUACUCAAAGUACCAAGAAAUACACAGUGAGUUGUCCACAAAACACAAUAAACAGUCCUUGAAUUGGUGGU